AUGGCAGUGUCUCUACUAGACCGAGUCCGAUCGUACGUGGAACCGUUGAUCCUGGUCGGCAUCUCGAUCAGCUACCUGCCCAUCACGGCGGUGCUGCAUCCUCUUCUGCUCGUCAGCAGCCCGACCUCCUUCCGGGCGAAAUGGUUCGAGAACUUCUGGCGCAUCAUCGGGCCCAAGAUGGCCGCCUCGGAGAUCCAGGUCGAGCACAUCGACGAGCUGCUGUCGCGAGCGCGCGGCGCCGUACUGGAACUCGGCCCCGGCGGCGGCGACCAGAUGUACCACUACCGGCCGGGGCAGAUCUCGACCCUGUACGGCGCCGAGCCGAACGCGUUCUUGCAUGCGCGCCUGGCCGAGAUGGCCGCCGCCCACGGGCUCGGAGGCGCCAAGUUCGUGGCCCUCGAAGCCGCCGCCCAGCCCGGAAGUCUGCUGCCGGCGCUGAAGAAGGCCGGGCUCGUGCCCGCCACCACCUCGACUCUGCCGGAACAAGGGGUCUUCGACACCGUCGUCGCCAUCAAGUCGCUAUGCUCGGCCCCGCAGCCCCAGUUGGCCGCCACCGUCGCCGUCAUCCAGGCCCUGCUGAAGCCGGGCGGCGAGUUCCUGUUCUUCGAGCACGUCGAGAACUCCUCCGAUCCUGUCACCAUGUCGUAUGCCUGGCUGCUCGGCUGGUUCUGGCCCCUCUUCACCGGCGGCUGUCGCCUGAAUGGGAAGGUCGACAGGAUCAUCUUGGGCAUGGGAGGCUGGGAUCAAAGGUCCGUCACCACCACCGGAGACUUCAGGGGCCACGAGGUAUUCAGAUAUGUCAAGGGCAUAUGUCGCAAAACAUGA